UAUGCAGCCAAGAUGCAGGGAAUAUGUCAGUUCCACGAGGGCAGAACCCUAAAAUAACCCCACAAAACAUAAACAAAAUCCACUGCUCCGUCCCGCACCUCCUCAACCUUCAAUCAGUUCAUCAAGCCCUAGAUUAAGCUCCACAUAUAUUAAAUCAAGGCCUAAUUAAGACGCAAACGCCAAGUCAAUAGAUCCAGUACUGCUCCAUGCUGUUUCCUUUGCAUGUCCAUGCGCAUCACUGCUUGCAAGCUUGCAUGCAUGAAGGCCAUGAACUGCCACGAGCAGGAGCACCAGGAGCUCGCCGCCACUACGAGCAACAACGGCCUGGAUUGGCUCGAUGACUCCAUCUCCUUCCUCACCGCGGAUGUCGACAUCGGCAGCAGCUAUGGGUGGUGGUCUACUCCCGCGCCUGCGCAGCAAGAUGACAUUGCCAGCGUCGUGGCGCAGACGCUUUCGCCUCCGGCGGCACUACCGACGAUCAGUUCGCCGUUGACGCACGCCUCCCCAAGCAUUGCGUCACCAGCGGUAUCGUCCCCGUCGGAUCCUUCGUCCAAGAAGCGCAAGUCCCCGGUGAACAGGGCGUCUGGCCAUAGCAGCAGCAACCAACGUCGCCGCGCUGAGCAAGACAAGUCAGGUGGUGGCGGCGGCAAGAAGGGUGGCACCAAGGGCAGCGGAGCAGGAUCUGACGGGGACACGAGCUGGGCAGAGCAGCUGCUGAACCCGUGCGCGGCCGCCGUCGAGACAGGCAACCUGUCGCGGGUGCAGCACCUGUUCUACGUGCUCGGCGAGCUAGCCUCUUUCUCAGGGGACGCGAACCACCGCCUGGCCGCGCACGGGCUGCGUGCACUCGCCCGCAGGCUCCCUGCCGCCGUUGGCUCGACCGCUGCGGCGGCCGUGCGGGUGCCGCCCUGCGAGUGCCCCACGCUGGUGUUCACGGGCGCCGAGCCGCGGCUGUUCCGCGCGUCGCUCAUCAAGUUCCACGAGUGGCCGACGCUUCUGGAGUCCCUGACCCGCCUGCCCGGCGGCCGCGCACCGCCGUCAGUCUGCCUCACCGUCGCGGGCCCCUCGGCCACCCCACCGGCGCCCUUCUCGGCGUCGCCUCCGGGGUACAACUUCUCGCCGCACCUCCUCCGGUACGCCAAAUCCAUCAACCUGCAGCUCGCCAUCGGCCGUGCAGCCUCCCUGGAUUCUGUGCAUGGCUUCUGCAACCCCGGCGAGGUGCUCGUCGUCUGCCUCCAGUUCCGGCUCGGCCACGUCGCCGCCGAAGAGCGGACAGACAUCCUGCGGAAGGUCCGAGGCCUCAAUCCGGAGCUGGUGGUGCUCUCGGAGCUCGACGCCAGGGGCGACGGCACCGCGGCAGGCGAGUUCGCGGCGUGGCUGGAGCUGCUGUGGCGGUUCCUGGAGUCGACCUCCGCUGCGUUCAAAGGGAGGGAUGGAGACGAGAGGCGCCUACUGGAGGCCGAGGCGGGCACGUCCAUCGCGGCGGAGGCGGCAGGCGAGGGGAGGGAGGCGUGGCGGGAGCGCAUGGGGUCGGCUGGGUUCAAGGAGGCGGCGUUCGGGGACGAGGCGGUGGAGUCGGCGAAGUCGCUGCUGAGAAAGUACGAUGGCGGGUGGGAGAUGUCAGCGCCGGUGGCGUCGGGGGGCGCCGGCGCUGUGGCGCUGCGGUGGAAGGGGCAGCCUGUGUCGUUCUGCUCGCUGUGGCGGCGGGCGUAGCAGCUUAGCCUGUGGAACCGGUCCACGCGCCCAUGUGAUCGACGCGAAGGAUGAUCUCGGCCGUGCACAGCGGCUCGGUGGAGAGUGAUCACUGAUUAGUGAUCGUAACUCCCAGGAGCUUGCCGACGCGCUGUGGACAUGAUCCACAUAACACGCCUUGCCGCCCUUGCUCACGUCACAUGCAUGGCUGGCCGGGUCGUCGGGCUCGGACAACACCGAGCACCGGCGGUGUACGAGAAGCGACGGUAAAGCCACUCUAGUUUAUCUUUUCCUUUUGAAGAAGGCCACUGUGGUUGUCAGUGGCCAUUUUUGUACAUAUGCAAUUAUGUAUGAGGUUGGUAAAUCAAUCUAAACAAAUAUUUAUAAAAACCAAGGAUAUUUAGCCUCCAACUACUUAUAUGGUAA